AUGGGUUUCAGCUCGGGUGUCUCUUCUCGCAGCUCAAGCUUUGAUUGGCGAUCCCUCCUCUUCGCAACAUCCCUCUUCACCCUCGGCGCCCUGGUAGGCAGCAUCAUCACAGCACGACCUAAAAGACCAACAAUCCUCCCCUCACCGCGUACAACACGCCUGCCCAGCUUAUCAGACGAAGAGAAAUCUCAACUCCCCUAUCCUCCCGACGUACUUCCUGGGGCUCGGGACGUGGACACUCCAUAUGGCUCGAUCCGAGUUUACGAAUUUGGUCCAGAAUCCGGACGUAAGGUCCUGUUAGUCCACGGCAUCAGCACGCCGGCGAUUGCUUUGGGGGCCGUGGCACAUGGUCUUGCGGACAGGGGGUGUCGUGUGAUGUUGUUUGAUCUUUUUGGACGAGGAUACUCGGAUAAUCCGGCCGACUUGCCUCAGGAUAUACGGUUGUUCACGACGCAGAUUUUGUUGGCGCUGGCGUCAUCGCCUUUGUCGUGGACGGGCAAGGAGACCGGUACGGGCUCCGGCAAGGCCUCUGCCGGCAAAGGGUCAUUCACCAUGAUCGGCUACUCACUAGGCGGAGGCAUCUCAGCAACAUUCACAUCCUACUUCCCCGACCUAAUCGACAGUCUUGUUCUCAUCGCCCCUGCGGGCCUGUUAAGGCCUCACCACAUCAGCAAGACCAGCCACGUCAUAUACUCUGAGGGCUUCAUCCCGGAACCCAUUUUACAACGUCUCGUCAAGAAGCGGCUGCGACAGCCGUUGGCAGCUCCGCCACCAAAAACGGAGGCAGAGGCGAAGAAUCAACAGGUUGACGCCACAGAGGCAGUCCAGGCCGAAGCUGGAGUCAGCAUCGAAUCGAAUUCGCAAGCUACAUUGUCAAAAAUCAGACCGCACGUCACGGUUGAAGCGACGGUCGUGGAUCAAUUGGAUACACAUCCGGGAUUUGUGCCGGCUUUCAUGUCGAGUAUUCGAUACGCUCCGAUUCGGGACCAGCAUGUGCGGUGGCGGAUGAUUGCGCAGAGGAUAGCUGAAAGAAAUAGGGAGGAGGGGACCAACAAAAAAGUCUUGAUUGUUGCUGGUGCUACGGAUCCUAUUAUUGUCCGCCAGGAGCUCGAGGAAGAUGCGAGAGAAGUGUUACAGGAGAAUGUCGAGUUUGUGGUUAUUGAUGCGGCGCAUGAUGUGCCGAUUGUGAAGGCGGAUGAGGUGGUUGAGCAUAUUGUUGAUUUCUGGAGCCGGACGAAUUGA